AAAAGCAUCAUCAACGCCGAAACCGCCCAGAUCGCAACAGCAUUACAUCCAACAUUACCUCUCUUUUUUAACCAAAUACCACCUUGAAAACACCGCCAAGAUGAGCUUCCUCGGAAUGGGUCGUCCUCAGCCUACCUCGGAGCAAAAGAUUGCUGCCGUGGAGAGCGAGAUGCGCAUGAUGGCCGAUACCUACAACCGCCUCCAGAACUCGUGCCAGAAGAAGUGCAUCCCCAACGACUACCGCGAGGGCGAGCUCAACAAGGGCGAGUCCGUCUGCCUCGACCGCUGUACCGCAAAGUUCCUCGACACGUCUAUGAAGGUCAGCGAGAUUAUGCAGCAGCAGGGCCAGGCCCUCGGUGGCCAACAGGGCGGCGGCAUGUUUUAAGAAGCAUUAGAUAUGGGGGACGACACGAAUAGUGCCCCCCUCUCUUUGCAACGAAGCGUAUAGAUCGGAAGGGCGUAACGGGAAGAAGAAUCGCCACCGGAAAGAAACAAGGGCUUGUAUGAAUAUAUGCUUGGGAACCGUUCCUCGAUGAUUAGAUGCUUGGUUUUGCGUCACGGGGCGCUCGCAUCGAUAUGAAACCGGAGGCGGACUGGAUGAUGACAUGAAUUCAAAGGUGUCGUUGUAUAAUAUCUGUAUAUGGAUUCAUGCUACAAUCCAAACGAAAAAAAAGAACACCUCCACUAC